AUGCUUCACCUAGUGGCCCUGGAAUUUCAAGCAAAUGCCUUCUGGGCUUCUCUUGGUACUUCACUUGGUGCCACCUUUCUCCUUGCCCUUAUCUUCUCCCUCUUUCGUCCUCGGCAUUCUCUCGUCUACGCUCCAAAGAUCAAACAUGCAGACGCAAAGCAUGCCCCUCCACCAAUUGAGAAAGGGAUUUUCUCAUGGAUGAAACCCGUGUUAAGGACCAAAGAGGCGGACUUGGUGGACAGAAUGGGCCUGGAUGCGACAAUAUUUCUGCGUUUUACUCGAAUGCUUCGCAACCUCUUCCUCGUACUUAGCUUGAUCGGUUUGUUGAUCACGAUUCCAGUCAAUGUGGCUAUGAGCAAUGAUAGCAUUAAACAAAGGGGCAACACCUUCCUUUUGAUGACACCACAGUUCAUCUUUGGUAAUGCUUGGUGGAGUCAUGUGGUCUGCUCGUGGGCUUUUGACAUGAUCCUGGCAUACUUCCUCUGGCACAAUUAUCGAAAAGUCCGUCAGCUGAGGAGAGCAUAUUUCGAGAGCCCAGAAUAUCAAAUGAGCUUACAUGCCAGAACUCUUAUGGUCACUGACAUACCAUCGAAGAUGAGGACAGAUGAAGGCAUUCUGCAUGUAACGGACGAGGUAAACCCGACCGGUCUUCUACCUCGAGCAUCGAUUGGCCGUAACGUCAAAAUUUUGCCGAAGUUGAUUGAGGAGCAUGAAGAAACAGUCAAGAAGCUAGAGUCUGUACUGUCGAAAUAUUUGAAGAAGCCGGACAGUCUUCCUACCACCCGUCCGACUAUGAUGCCCCCAAGAAAGUUCAGAGGUGAUAAACCUACGGUUAAGGUUGAUGCUAUUGAGUAUCUGAGCAACAGAAUCCGAGAAUUGGAGCAGGAGAUUCGCGAUGUUCGGGAUCGAAUCGACAAACGCGAUGCCAUGCCUUACGGCUUCGCCAGCUGGGAACAAAUUGUGACCGCUCACGCUGUGGCUUUUUCUGCUCGAGGCAAACAUCCUCAAGGCACAACAAUCGCUCUUGCUCCACGACCAAAUGACCUGAUAUGGGAGAAUCUACCACUAGGAAAAGCAGCUCGUCGGACGAAAAGGUUAGCUAAUAUGGCAUGGGUCACCAUCUUGACCCUAUUGUGGACGCCUCUCAAUGCUUGUAUUGCAAUAUUCCUCUCGAACUUGUCAAAUCUUGGACGAGUCUGGCCCGCCUUUCAGACUUCCCUUAAUGGCAAUCCUACUGGCUGGGCAAUUGUUCAAGGUAUUGCAUCACCUGCAAUUACCUCUCUUGUCUAUUUUGUUCUUCCGAUCAUCUUUCGUCGAUUGUCGGUCCGAGCUGGUGACAUGACUAAGACCUCUCGAGAACGUCAUGUCAUCCAUGACCUUUAUGCUUUCUUCUGCUUUAAUAAUUUGAUCGUCUUCUCCCUCUUCUCAGCCAUCUGGGCAUUUGUCACUGCUACCAUUGAGGCUAAAGAGAGUGGGGACGAUAUUUGGGACGCAAUCCAGAAGGGCGGUUUCUACAAUCAUAUCCUGAUCUCACUUUGCACCGUAUCUCCAUUCUGGGUCACCUGGCUCCUUCAACGCAGUCUCGGUGCAGCUGUCGAUCUUGCACAAGUUCUUAACCUUUUCUGGAUCUGGUUCGCACGCACCUUCAUGUCACCCACCCCACGGCAAAACAUUGAAUGGACAGCUCCUCCCCCUUUCGAUUAUGCUAGCUAUUAUAAUUACUUUCUCUUCUACGCCACGGUUGCUCUCUGCUUUGCAACAUUACAGCCAAUUGUCCUUCCAGUGACCGCCUUCUAUUUCGUUCUGGAUUCCUGGUUAAAAAAAUAUCUGCUCAUGUAUGUGUUCGUCACCAAGACGGAAUCUGGUGGUCAGAUGUGGCGAAUACUUUACAACCGUAUGGUCUUCGCUGCUAUUCUUGCCAAUAUCAUCGUCGCUCUUGUUGUCAAAGCACGAGGAACGUGGACUAUGAUUGGUGUUAUGACGCCGCUUCCAUUUCUCAUGCUUGGUUUCAAGUACUACUGCAUGAAGAAGUUUGAUGAUGAUCUCCACUAUUACGUUCGAACUGGAAUGCAAGAUAGCGAGUCUUUAGCUGCGGGCAGCAAACCAAAGAAACUUGGUGAUCGAGUGCUCACCAAGUUCUGUCAUCCUGCACUCUAUCGACCACUUAUGACCCCUAUGGUACACGCCAGUGCAAAAUCAGUCCUGGGUCAGGUCUAUCGUGGACGACUCAAUUCUGACGGUGCAGAAAGUAUGGUAUACUCCGACAUUGCCUUGGAAUCCAUGUCGAAACAUGAACCCGGCAAAUCGAUGCCUUCAGCCAUGCGUGAUACAGCUCCUUUCGAGAUCGUGCCAGAGGGCCAACAGGACUUUAAGUACUUCAAAAACCGCACGGAUUUCCGAGACGAAUUCAGCGGAGGCAUCUACGGCAAGCCGGAAGACCUCAUCAGCGAACGGAGCCACACUCCUCGCUCAUUUAUGGGCCAUGGCGGUGCCUGGAGUCCAGAAAGCAGCACCAGCAGGGCAAACAGUCCUAGUCCUACACGCGCUGGCCUGGUUACUCAAGCUGACGCAGCAUUGGUUGGGAACGAUGGCAUCCUCCGUCCGAUUUCUCGCAAGCAGUUCGACACGUCAAACGUACAUCCGGCAUUCAGGAAUCAACCAAUGAGCAGUCAUCGAAGCAGAAGUAGUAGUCCGCAUCUUACAUCUCCGUACCCGCAACCAACCUCCUCACGGGGCAGUCUCACUGGCAAGGAGAUCGAUGCCGCUGAUCUGAGCAUGAGACCUAGUCCUGGUCUGUACACGAAUCCAGAUGCGGAUGAGAGCGAGACGAGGCUACUGGGGAAUGUGGAGGUAGAUGGGGCGGGGACGAGAGGUGGGUGGGGUGGUCUUGCGCCUACUCCUGGUGGUGGAGAGAGCGUCUAUGGGAUGGAGAGGUGGCGGACAAGUGGUUCGUCGUACAGUCGGCCUGGAACGGAACAGCAGCAGGAUGACGGGCUGGGCGGGUAUGACUAUUUCCGGGGAAGAGACAAGAAGUGA